AUGUGUGUUAUGCGUUCGACGAUAGCGGGUUCUAAAAAGAUAAUGUUAGUAAGAGAAGUAAGUGAAGAUCGGCAAAGAUGGCUGUAUCAGUGUAUAGGAGGGAAGUGGUCAGUGGUCAAUGGAUAAAAAGAGACCGGUUUUAUUACUGUUCUAUGAUCGGCAUGACUUAUAGAUCAGUAUAUAAUGCUUCAUCCUCUCGAAACGUAACUUCGAAUGCAGGAGUGCGUGUAGGAAAGAUGGCACAGAACUUCAUAAAUGAAAGGUGUUCUCUAAUAAACAAAACUAAGUGUAUGCAAAGGUACUGUGUAAAUUCUUUUCAUGUGGAAGGGAGCCAUGAUAGGAAAGCUAUACAAUCAAGAAAUAACCAAACAAGAAAUCCAAAUAUUACAGGCAUAAGCCGGUGGUACUCUCUUGGCAGAGGACAGCCAAUAGAAAAUUUGCCAAGUCUGAUGAACUUCCCAGAAAUAGUGUGGCCUACUGUUAUUAAGACAUUUAGGAACUGGAUACUGACUAAUAUCAUAAUUAAACCAUAUUUUGAUCAAGAAUUUGGUCUUCCAGAUUUUAUACUUGGAUCAAAGCAGGCAGUGGAGUAUGUCUCAGGGUGUUUAUCAAGAGGAGACUUUGCAGCUUUGGAGAAUCUGGUAACACAAGACGCAUUAAUAGAAAUAAAAAGGAACAUAUCCACCUUUACGCUACAUCAGCGACAAGAACUGGCUCUUUCAAAGGAAGAUAUUUACUUCUGCUUUCCAUAUGAAAUUGGAAUUAUGUCCAGUGAUAAUGAGAAGAAGGAGCAAAGAUUUGUAGAAAUAACAAUGUGCUACCAUGUUCUGCAAGGCCUGAAACAACUAAAUGAGCAAGGGAUAACACCACCUUUGAAUAUGGGAAUAUUGCCAGAAUACAAGCACAAGCUUUAUAUCUGCAAUUAUCGUUUCAUCAGAGAAUUUACUAAAGGUGUUGCAGAUCAGUGGACAGUGAACAUCGUAAAUCACUUCAGACCAUCAGGCCAUUCCAGUUAAUACAUGUCUUCAAGUGGCAAUAGAACCCUGAUUAUCCAAUUUGCAGUUUAUCUGUGCACCUUUUUAGACAUGCUGGCAAUUGUGCAGAGUGCCUGUUAAGUUUACUUAGUCCUUAUGUUUGUCUGUAUGAAUAAAAUUCAAGAAUAGAAUGGAUUUUAAUGAAAUCAGAUAUUGGUUAAUUUUAUGUAAAAUUAUGUAUCUCUUCCAUUUUUGUUUACAUUGGACAGUUUUAUGUAAUAACCACUUUACCUCAAGACCUACCGUGUUUCUGCCCAUAUCUUGAGCAUAAUAUGCAAAAUAUUUUUUGGAACAGCAAAUGUUUUGAACAUAACUUGUAGAGAAAAGUGAAACACAUUCUAUGUUCAGUAUGCUUCUAUUUGUCUGUCUUCAGUUUUCAACAAAUUGGAUUUCCAAAUUUCUGUAUUCAGUAUUUACUUUCAUCAGCAUGGAUAAUUGGAAGUAUACUGUAUAAUAAUGCAAAAUAUCUGUGUUCCAGAAAUUAUUAAUUGUAAAUAUAAGCACAAAUUCUUUUGCUGUUAUUUUUAUACAUUUGAUGGUAGGUCAGUAUUUCUGAGUCAUGGUGUAUCUGUGGUGAAAGAACAAAAUUACGAAAAUGUGUAAUUGAACUGUGUUCCAUUCUAAAUUUGUGUGUUGCUUUUUAAAAAUGCUUAGUGUAUCAUAUAACACAGAAGUAGGCUCCAAGCGCGGUUUUAUAUUUGAAUAACUUGUGUUAAAAAAAGCUAAUUGUUAAAAAAUUUUAAAAGUAGUGAAUAUUGUCAUGUGUAAGGUGGUAUGUGCAAUGAAAAUGAUGGGUUCUGGUUUGGUUGACUGAUUUAUGAGCACAGCGCUAACACUGAUUUACACAUGCUAGUCCUCUCCUGGUAACACAAUUAAAACAGCAACUAGUGCUUCAGAUCACUCCAAAUAUUACACAUGAAUAAAGUCUUCUAAUUGCACUUUAAAUCUUCGCAAGUUGACAAUCUUUUUAUGGCUGUCACUCUCUCCCUUACCUUCUACAACAGAGCAGAGCAGAGCAGAAGCUUACUACAGGCAAUCAGCCCGCACAGUCACUCCUGGCAUCAGGCCCCGCUGGGACCCAUGGUCAUAUUUUGGUUUAGUGUCUAGACCUUUGUUUUUUCCCCCUCUUCAUUGGUCAUCCUUAAUAAUAAAAAGGAGGGGUUAGUCUUUUUUUUCUUGAAUUGGUGUUCACUUUCUACACCUUAUUCCACCUGAGGUUACGUUAUUCUCACAGGAGUAAAUAUGUGAUAUUAAAUACAUUUUUCUUUUACACUCUUCACAACUAUAAACUGAAAUUAAAUUCUAAUAUGUAGAGGGACAUCUGUCAAUGCAGGAAUGUGCAGCAGCCUAUGCAUAAAUUUAUUUAACACUCCGAAACGGUAGUCAGACACUUAAACAGUCGCAGGCUUGACCGCCACAUAUUAAUAUCCCUAAAAUUUGGUACCCCAGAGAUUGAGCUGAUGUUUGAAUAACUGCCAUAUAUACAGAAAUUCAUGUGGUCAUGAAGAGUUUAUGGGGAAUUUGUUAAAAUUAGUCAUUCUUCAUUUUUAACAGACAUAACAGUGAACUUUUUCAUGAAGUAACUUCAAUACUUUUCUUCUACUCUGGACAUUUGUUAGAUGUGACAUUUUGCAGAAAGGAGUGUACGAAAGGAUAAGUGAGGACACUAAAAACUCAUCUUUUUAUAAUCACUGUGCCUUGAAGGUAUGUAUAUGAUAUGGAGGUAAAACUAUAUGAAUUCUUAACCUGAACACUAUUCAGGGACCCUUUUAUAUUCAGGCUACCUUUACUCCAGGGAAAGAACUCCUGUACUCGUUAAAUUUAAGUGGCUUGGUGGGCUUCAGCCAUUUUGGACAUGGUGGUGAAGGAUAAUAGUCCCUUCUCAAAAUCCUCAUUGAUAUAAAAUUUAGGAAAACCAUAUCUGCAGGGUUAUUUAUGUAGGAUUUGAGGGUUUCACAGUGGUGACUAUGAAGAAUGACGUCUUCUGGGAUAUGGCGCCGUGUAGAUCUUGUGUGAACUGACAUUUCGUAGGAACACAUAGCCUUCAUCUGCAGGGUAGAAAAAUCUGUGAACAAGGAACCAGCAUGAGCAAGUGGGUGUUUUUGACUGGUGGCUCAGUUGUGCUAACCACCUCCAUACACUGGUUCCUCGUUUGCAGAUUCUUCUACCCUAAAGACGAUGCGGUAUGUUCCUCCGCAACGUCACUUUACACAAGAUCUACACGGUGCCACAUCCCAGAAGACAGCAUUCUUCUGGAGGGGUACUGUUCAGGACUUCUUUGAUGGAGAUUGUAAUUUAUUAAUUUGUUCAUGUAACAUGUACUCGUGGAAGGAAGUUUUGUAUAAAUGUCUAAGGCAAGAAAUGUCAUUAUGUCUGUAAAUUUUGGUUCACUGUGUUGGAUAAUCAAGUCUGAACUGUGUGUUCUUUAAACACACUAUAAACAUUUUUGAAAAUUUCUGUGUUCCUUUUGGAAAAAAUAUGCAUUAAUAUAUCAUAGAACAUUAAGUUCAUCAUGGUUUACAACUUAUGCACUGGUAGCACUGUUCAGGAAUGAAGAUGAGAAACUUGGUUGCCAAUCAGACAAGACCGUAAUCUCCUUAAAUGGUUGUAUUUAAAUUGAUGGCUGCCAAACCCCAUCUAACCUAACUGACUGGAAUGUCAUGAUUUGUGAUGAAUCAGUUGUGAGUAUAUUAGACAUUGCCCUCUGUCUGAAUACAUCUGACCUACAUAUACAAACUUUUGGGAGUACAGUAAACUUCUGAAGUGUUAUCUGUAUCAAAUAUACAUCAGACAACUGUGAUGUAGUUGCAGAAAAUCAGCUAUGUGGUAACAAGUUGUCCAUGUUGUACUGUAAUUUGAAUUGUAGGGGCAUUCUUGCCAUGCAAUAUUGUGACUCCAUUCUCAAUAAGAAUUUGUAAUAGUGACUUUGAAUGUUCUGUAUUGAAUUUAUUCUGCUGUACUGAUGGAAUACUUUAUAAAAAGCAACCAUGUAUAUAGAUAGACUGGUAAUAUAAAGACUAGUUUUAUAUCAGCAGUAUAUUUUCUAAUGACUGUCACAUAAUGUUCUUUGUUGGCAUUCCGUGCUAACAGUAAAUUCCUAUCAUGUGCCUACUUUUCUUUAAACGUUUGUCCUAUGUUGGCUGAUGUCUGUUAUGUUCGCUGCAUUUUUGAAGACUGAAAUAUAUCUGUACUUCAUUAAAAAGUCA